AUGAUGCUACGAAAGAUAAACGAGAAUUUGAGAAUUUUAUCGGUGACCAUCAUCUCAUUAAUUGUAGUCAGUACGGAAGCCCAUGGGACAACAUCUGAUCAAUUUCCUCCACCGCCGUCUGUCUAUGCUAAUGACCAUUCAACCCUUGCUAGAGGAUAUAUUUCUCUCGGGUUUGGACUUUCGGCUAUGGCUGCAAUAGCGUCCGCGCUGGGAUCAUUUACACCAAUGCUUGACCUCCUGUUUCCAUAUAUCCCGGGGAUGAGAGAUUUUCGUAUUUGUCAUUCAAAGGGUUUUCUUGCGGCCUCAUUAUCAUUUUCUGCGGGAAUAUUACUAUUUUUGACGCUAGGCGAUCUUUACCCUGAAGCGGUCGAGUCGUUUCAAACGUCUGGACUCUUUGAUCCAAAAUACGCAAAUAUCGUGGCUGCAUCUGUCUUUGUCGUAACGGUAUUAGUAUUAAUGAUUGCAAAAUCUAUAUUUGGUGGUUCCCACUCACAUUGCCCGCCAGAGGUUGAAGGAAAUGUCAAUCGGAUGCCGGAAGGUGAAAGAUACAUUAAUGAGGGUGAAAAAAUUGAUGAAGUGGGAAAAAUCAACGGAGAUGCAAAAUUAGAAGAGAAUUCUAUGCCUGUAGUCAGACCUCUUGACUCUCACAGGCUCAGAAGCUUGGGUAUACAAAUUGCUGUCGCUUUAGCCAUUCACAAUUUUCCCGAAGGGUUAUCCACGUUUGCAACGGCAAUCCUCUCUCCAAAGAUUGGAAUCAUAUACGCAAUUGCACUCUCUUUACAUAAAAUUCCAGAAGGCCUUAUCAUCUCUUUACCAAUAUACUACGCCACGGGAUCACGAUGGAAAGCUUGCACUAUCGCUGCGUCAGUAGGCGUGAUCUCGCAAAUGUUGGGUGCCAUUCUAGGUUAUGUCAUCUUUGUCACGGUAUGGAACAAUGCUAUCUCGGGGUUCCUUUUCUCUAUAGUUGUAGGGGUUCUGCUUUACGUAAUUUUACACGGCAUGCUUCCACUGGCCCGUCAUUAUGAUCCUAUGGAUAG